CUCUGAUCCUGGAAUAUAAAUAUAUCUUUCUGAUCUGCCCGUUCAGGAGAAUUAUUCUCUCCAUCAUCCUCACAUCUAGUGACUCAAUCAAAUCACACCACCACCACACGGUUACCAAUACAUCUUCUACAACCACCAUACUUCUUAAUAUAUUAUAAUUUUACACCCCUCAAUUUAAUUACAGUCCAUUAAUCAAAUCACAAUGCAUUUCCACAAAAUAACAUUGGGCGCCACCCUCGCCGCUCUCCUGAGCCUAACCACCGCCCUCCCAACCACCUCAUAUUCCUCCCCCCUCACCACCCGCGACAACGGCGAAUGCCCCCCCGGAAAGGCCUACUAUGUCUGUAAUGAACCCAAAUUCCGCGGCUGCUGCUCCAUCGACCCCUGUGGCCGCGAAGGCAGCUGUCCCGACGACAAGCCCUCAACCUGCACGCCGGGCCAAAUCUACCAGCCCAAGAUGCAAACCUACCUCCUCCCCUCCUCGGACCGGAUCUCCACUCCAAACCUUAACGUCUCCAAAUCCGCCACCGCAGAAUGGGAUCAGACGAUGACGUUCUCUGUGCCUAAGAACGCUAAGACCUGCACGCUGAUGUGGGGCGUGCCAGCCGAGCGCAAUUUCAAGGCCGGCCAAAAUGCCCUGGUGAGAGUGUGGCAGGGCGAUAAGGCCGAGGGCGAGAGCAUUGGGGCUGCCGAUUUCACCAAUUGGCCCGGUGUUGAGGGUCCCCAUACCCAUACUGUGGGGACUGUGCAGUGUGGUGAGGAGAUGGUUUUCCGGGCUCGGUUGGAUAAGGAGAGUGAGGUCUUUUUGGAGCAGGGGGCCGAGACUGGGUGGUAUAUUGAUUACAAGUGUUAGGGCUGCGGUGGGUUUACCUGAGGUGUGGAUAUCUUUUUUUGGGAUGAUUUCUUUUUCUUUUUCUUUUUUUCGCUUUUCUUUCUCUUUAUGAUUGUUUGUUUCUCGGCAUUUCUUCUUUUGAGUGAGUUUUCUUUUCUUUUCACUUCUUUUCUUAUAGAUAGUCUUCGGUUUGUAUAUGCUCCUUCGUUUGUAUACAGAUAAUGUCUAAGAUAGUGAUGACAAGCAUAAUGAGAUAUAGUACUAGUUCAAAGUUU